AUGUCUGUUUCACAAUUUGAUGCUGAAAAUGCCGAUAACUUAGAAGAUAUUGAAAAGCAAUUUGCUGUUGUUGCUGUAGAACAAGCAGAAGCUUAUUGGAGUUUAUUGACCAAAGUGCCAGGUUCUAAGUUAAAGUUAACCAGAUAUGAUGAUGAAAUUUAUGAAAAAUUUAUUGAACAUUUCCCAGAAUAUUCCGAUAUUGAAAAAAUCAAAAAAUUUGAAGAAGCAGAUCUAAAGAAUAAGGAAGCCAAGGAUAAAUGGAGAAAAUUUAUAAAAUUGUUUGAAAAGAAAGUUGAUGAUUUCAAUUUUGGUACUUUAUUAAGAACCGAUGCCUCUUCUAAAUAUGGUCAAUUCACCACAUGUUUUGUUGUUAGAUUGCAAUUUUACUGUUUUGAAAUUGCUAGAAACAGACAUGGCUUGAAUGAUUGGAUUAGCAAAAGUAAAUAA